AGUGUGAGGAAAUAAGUUAAUAAGGGAUUUGAAAAAAGUAGAGUGAGAAUGGGAAAGAGAGAGUUUGCAUUAAUGGUGAUGUUUGCUGGAAUAUUAGUGCUAGGGAACCUCCAAGAGGCUUCGGCACAAUGUGGAGGUAACUUCAGUGCUGUUUUCGCUCAAUGUGAGCAGUUCUACAGAGAGAAUGGCCCAACGGAGCCAUCUCUAGAGUGCUGCCAGGAACUGAAAAGACAGAAUAUAGAUCUGCAAUGCGCCUGCGAUUACAUUGCUUCUAGGCCUCCUGGCAUUGGCCCUAGGAAUGGAAUCGACCUCAACCGAACUGUCUCUGUCUCCAGAGCUUGUGGAAUUCAAAUUCCUCCUGGACUGCGCUGUGGAGAUUUCAUCAUUCCUCCUAAUCCUGCACCUUAUCCUGCUCCUCCUCCCGAGGAGGGAAGUUGAAGUCACCACUGAAGACUAUUAAUAUAAACUAAAUAAGUCAGCCAAACAUGGCCUGCAGUCGAUGCGUCAAUAUGCAUGCGACCUCUCGUGCAAUGCAUAUCUUCACUUUUCUUUUCCAUGGUUUAUAAUUACGAAGUUGUAGACACUGAGAUCAAUGUCAAUUGAGACUGUGUCAAUCUAUAUAUUAUAAAUAUAUAUAUAUUCUCUUAAUAAUUUUCCUAA